AUGAAGGAUUCGAGACGCAUUCACAUGAUGUUGGGUUCCAAGUCAAGGAUUUGCAGAGCAGGGUCCAAUAAUGAUUCUGGAAAGAGGAGAAAUUCUUCAAUCAUUUCAAAAACAAUUUCUGCAUCAAAGCUUUGUAGAUGUGAUGCUUUAGGAUCUCAAAUUGAUACCAAUGCCCUUGUUUCUCUUGAAAGGAAGCCCUCUGUUAAGCAUUCAUCUAAGAAUUGGACCGAUAGACGUGUUGUCAUGCAAGAACAAAUGGAAAAACUUGAGGAGGAUUUGAGAGAGACAAGAGAGCAAUUAUGUUUUGUUGAAGGAGAAAAGAAGAAAGCCAUAAAUGAACUAAUUGAGAUAAAACAAGUAGUCCAUAAGGCCAGUAUGAAGGCAAGUGAUGGAAUAACAACAAGGAAAUCAAGUGAACUCUAUGCAGAAGUUAGGACUUUGAAGCAACUGCUUACUAACAAACAAGAAGAAUUAAAGGUAAAUGAUAAAAAUAUCAAGUUUUUGAAGUUGGAGCUCGAAAAUGCGAAAAAAUGUGAUCUCAAGAUUUCAGAAAAAGAUGCUAGUUUAGGAAAAGUGAGAGAGGGAUUUAGUCCUGUAAAAGCAUUCAAGAUUCGUGUAACAGAUUGGUUAUCCGAUUUUAAUAGAAGGAUUCAAGAAUUAGAAGAUGAAUUGGAGAAAAAGAAGUUAUCAGAGUCCAAAAUAUUUGAUGCUUGGUUAGCAAAGACAAGGCAGUUUGAAGAAAUUAAGAUUGAACUUGAAGAAUCCAUGGUAGAAAUAGCUUCUCUUCAUAAAAAGAUUGAAUCUUUAGACACUUCUUACAAUGUGGAGAUUAAAAAUUCGACUGAAAAGGAAAUCGAAAACAGUAAGUCUGAAUUUGAAUUGGCAAAAGAGAACGAGAAGAUUCUGUCAUCAAAGGUCAAGGCUUUGAAUGAUGAGAUGAGUUUGCUAAAAAAAGAAAUGAAAUUGGCAAAUGAGGCAGAAGAAAAGAGCAGAAAGGCCUUAGAUGAUUUAGUGUUAGCAUUGAAGGAAGUUUCUUCUGAAGCAUCUGAAGCGAAAGAGAAACUUUGUGCUACACAACUAGAAUUAGGACUAGUGAAAAAGGAGGCUGGAAAUCUGAAAGAAAUUAUCAAAAGCAUCAAGGCCAGCUACAAAAUGUUUUUGGAUGAAGCGAAAAAGGAAACAGAAUUAUAUAGGAACACAGCAGAGAGAUUGAAAUUAGAGGCGGAUGAGUCACUUUCAGCUUGGAAUGGGAAGGAAAUAAGCUUCAUCGCAUGUAUAAAAGAAGUUCAAGAAGAACGAGAUCUUGCUCUACAUGAGGCUACUAAGCUCAAUGAGUCUCUUAAAGAAGCCGAGCAAAGAAGUAAAGCAGCAAAGGACGAAAACUACAAAUUGAGAGACAUCUUAAAGCAGGCUAUCAAUGAAGCAAAUGCUGCAAAAGCUGCUGCUGACAUAGCUAGACGGGAAAAUUUUCAACUCAAAGAUUGUCAGGCUAAAACAGGAUGA